CAUGUUAGACCCCACAUGUCAUUACCUCUGUGUGGUUCACUCGCGUCGCUCGUGGUCGUGGCCGGAGUAUUCCUCCCCACUCGAACCUUUCAAACUCGGAGCGUUGUUCGCCUUCCCCUCGCGAGUCGCGAGCUCAAAGCGGUCAAGACUCAAGAGGCGUUAAAGCAGAGAGCUUCGAAGCGAACCUUCCAGAAGAGCCCCCCGCCGCAGCCUCCUCGAGGCCACGACCCCGACGCGGUGGCGCCGUCCACGCCCCAGCCACCCCAGGGUCUCUCCCGCCGCCGCACCGCCUCCGCCGACCACCAGCCGAGUCCGUCGGGGGCCGCGACCGCCAGCCUCGCCGCUGCCCUCGCGCGCGAGCGUAUCUGGCGCCGCGGCGAGGGGAACGCGGGCCCUGAGGAGCGGGAGGCCCUGCCCUUCUGGCAGAGGACCUGGUUCCUCGCGCUGCUGCUGGCGAUGGCCGCCGCGUCGUUCGCGCUCGCUAUCCUGCUGUACCUCGGCCUCGACCUCCACGAGGCCGCGCCGGCGCAGUCCUACGCUGCCGACCCGGAUACCGUCGUUGAGAUUACAUACGGGUCAGUGAUCAAGUUGAUGCAUGAGAGGACCAAGUUUCGGCUGCAUUCUCACGACGUGCCUUAUGGAUCUGGCAGCGGCCAGCAGUCGGUCACCAGCUUCCCCAACGUCGACGACGCCAAUAGCUACUGGAUUGUGAGACCUCAGCCAAAUUCUUCAGCAAAACAAGGUGAUCCCAUUACACAUGGAACUAUAAUAAGGCUUCAACACAUGAGAACUCGAAAGUGGUUACACAGCCACCUUCAUGCUUCCCCCAUAACCGGAAAUUUGGAGGUUAGCUGCUUUGGUGGAGAGAAUGAAUCAGAUACUGGAGACUACUGGAGGCUCGAGAUUGAGGGCAGCGGGAAAACGUGGCGGCAAGACCAGAGAAUUCGGUUAAGACAUGUUGAUACUGGUGGUUAUUUGCACAGCCAUGACAGGAAGUACACACGAAUUGCCGGUGGGCAGCAAGAGGUAUGUGGAGUUGGUGACAAGCGCCCAGACAACCUCUGGCUUGCAGCUGAGGGGGUCUAUCUCCCGGUUAUCCUGCGCAAGUAGCUCUACCGCUAGAUGACAAGUGCCAUUGUUAAAAUAAACUUUUAUGGUGCUUAGGCUGAUUCAAUGCACAGAGUUGUAAUUGUAAUUGUUCUAACAUUUUACUGUAGUCUACUUGUGCUUACUGUGUUCAGAGCAAAAUGCAGUGCAUCUGUUCUGCUCAUCCGUAUAAAGACUGACUCGGCUUCAGUCCCAAUAUAUAAGUUCUACCUGGCAAUAUUUGGCUGCUGAUCUGAUCAUCUUAGGCAUGAUUGGAAAACGUAGUACAAAUCUAUGUGAAGCCUGUUUGGCCGGGUGUCGUACAUAAAGCAAAGUUUUGAUCUAUUCUGGUCUGAA